AAUUCCCCUAACUGGCGAAAUCCGAGUAAAGGUCAUCGAGCCCUAGAUGCAAAAUUCUUAUUCAUUCUUCCAUAUUUUCAGACUCAAAACACAACCCUGAGAGAACUAAUCCAGAUUCUGCAAAUAAACUUGCAGAGCUGCUCAAAUCAUCACAAACAAUCAUCAAUCAUCCUUCAAUUUAAUUUGUUAUUCAAUCCCAUAAAUCAAUCGAAUUUUCUGGGUAUUAAAAAAAUGAGCAAAUUAGGGUCGAAAAUGGCGGUUUUUCAUGGCGAAACGAGUUUGGGUGACUUGGAGGUGAAAUCUAUGGCAAAAGACUCGAAAUUACAAUUUCCGAACAAUGAAAUUCGAAUCCAUCAUAUUUCGCCAUCAAGUGAUCGGUGUCAUCCACUGUCACUUCUUCAUACCAUUUCCCCUUUCUCUUUUCUCUGCAAACUCGAACCCUCCGAUCAACAACAGCAGCAACAACCAAACCUCUUGAGUUUACACGCUUCUUGCUUUUACGAGCUUAAAUCUGCUGUUGUUUUGCUUAACAAUGAGGAGAUUCAUCUUGUCGCAAUGCCCAGUAAGCAGAAGAAGUUCCCUUGUUUCUGGGUUUACGCUGCGCCGGUUGGGCUUUAUGUUUCGUGUUUAGGGAUGUUGAAUUUGCGGUGUUUGUCGAUUGUCUUCGAUCUGGAUGAAACCCUUAUUGUUGCCAACACUAUGAAGUCUUUUGAGGAUCGGAUUGAUGCGUUGAAGAGUUGGAUUUCCCGGGAGGGGGAUCCGGUGAGGAUUUCGGGGAUGAAUGGGGAGUUGAAGAGGUACGCCGAUGAUCGGGCGUUGCUUAAGCAGUAUGCUGAGAAUGAUUGUGUUGUGGAUGGUGGGAAGAUUUAUAAGGCGCAAUUUGAGGAGGUUGCUCCAUUGUCGGAAAAUCAUGAGACUCUUGCCCGUCCUGUUGUUAGGUUGCCUGAGAAGCAUCUUGUUCUUACUCGAAUUAACCCCGAGAAUCGUGAUACCAGUGUUCUUGUACGGUUACGACCUGCAUGGGAGGACUUGAGAAGUUAUUUGACAGCGAAAGGGCGCAAAAGAUUUGAAGUAUUUGUCUGUACCAUGGCUGAGAGAGAUUAUGCUUUAGAGAUGUGGAGGCUUCUUGACCCAGAAGCAAACCUUAUUAAUUCAAAACAACUUCUUAAUCGGGUUGUAUGUGUGAAGUCAGGAUCAAGAAAGUCUUUGCUGCACGUUUUUCAGGAUGGUGUUUGUCAUCCUAAUAUGGCAAUGGUGAUUGAUGAUCGGUUGAAGGUAUGGGAGGAUAAGGAUCAGCCACGUGUACAUGUGGUUCCUGCAUUCACCCCAUACUAUGCUCCCCAAGCUGAGACAGCAAAUGCUGUUCCAGUCCUAUGUGUAGCCAGAAAUGUUGCAUGCAAUGUAAGGGGAGGCUUUUUCAAAGAAUUUGAUGAGAACUUUUUGAGAAAAAUCUUCGAGCUAUUUUAUGAAGAUGAGAUGUCAAAUAUACCUUCUCCUCCAGAUGUGAGCAAUUAUUUAAUAUCAGAGGAGACAGGAUUUAUUGCAAAUGGAAAUACAAGCGCCCCCAUGAGUGAAGGCAUUUCUGGUGCAGAAGUUGAACAGAGACUACCGCAAUUGGACGAGAAACUUGCUGUGGAUUCAGAUACUAAUUUAGCAAAUAAUAUUCCUGACUUGAGAUCUGAAGCACCACAGCAGCCAAUCCCUUCUGUUUCGGGUGUUGCUAAUCCUUUGAGAAUGACUAUGCCUUCACAAAAGGGUUUGCUUGGGUUACCGGCUAGAAAAGAUAUAAGAAGUUCGUCCGGUGAUCCCCCAAUUCUUAAAUUACCUGCUCAAUCAUCACAAGGUGGUUGGUUGGUUGAAGAGGAUGGGAAUAGGGGUCUAUUGAGCAACCGAGGAAUUGUGCCUGCUCAAGAUUUUGAUACAUCUAAAGUUGAUAAACAAAGAGCUUAUGCAGGUCAUCCUGGUCAUAGCACAUCAUUUCCUGUUUCUUUGGCCCAGCUUUCCAGGGUGAAUGCUGGACAGGAAUUUUCAAAACAAAAUCUACCUGCUAGUGAGACAGCUGGUGUUCCUGAAUUUGCUAAUAUUCAUAGUCCAGCUUCUACCACUAACAAAGAAACACUAGCUGAUGCUGUUAAAGUAAAUACAUUGCCUUCCAGCUUAUCAAUCAGUGUGCUGCAAGAAAUUGGUCGAAGAUGUUGUUCAAAGGUUGAGUUCAAGCCGAUUCUCAGCACAAGUAAGGAUUUGCAGUUUUCUGUUGAGGUAUUAUUCACCGGGGAGAAGAUAGGAGUUGGAAUGGGAAAGACUAGAAAGGAUGCUCAACAGCAAGCUGCUGAAAAUGCUCUUCGUUGUUUAGCUGAAAAAUAUCUGACUUAUGUGACUCGUUCUGGGUUAAUUGACCGGGAUGAAAAACCUCAAGUCCAGAAUGAAAAUGGAUUUAUAUGGGAUGACAUUAACCUUCAACCUGAUGAACUAUCUUCAGAUGAGAAGCCGCAGAGAGAGAAUGCUUUGGAGGCUGUAGAAGCAGCUUCUGUAAGUACUUCCUCGAUGAUCAUUAAUCAGCAGCCCGCAAAACCUGCGAACUCACCCAGGUUACACCAUUCUUCAUCUAGCAAACGGUCAAAAGAUGAAACGACACAUGGUCUGCAAAGUUCAUUAUCUCUACGGCAACACAGGAAUGGUCAUCCUACAUUAUAAAGCUGUCAAGAAUUAUUAGUAGGAUUGAUAAUAGUACAUACUUUACCCACAGCAUUGCAGAUGGUUUGCAGAAUUAGUUUCCAAAAUGUGAUUAUUUGCUGCUUACCUGCCAAGGUGAGAAUCCUCGUCAACCAACGGGCAUACAUGAUUCAUUAGAUACCCUAUUUGCCAAUUAACGGGAGCAACUUUUGAGAUGUUUUAAUUUGAGCAGGUUUAGAGUAUCAGGCUUGGCAUGUAAAUUAUGUUUCAACAGCCAGCUGAACAAAGGGUAGAGGGGACUUGUGUAAAUUUACUGGCUUUUUGUUUGGCUCCCAUUUUCAGAAAGAGCUAUCUUUAAAAGAUGGCUCUCAAUCAGACUGUUUUGCUGAGAAUAUGUGAUCUCUAUUAUAUAGUAUCAGUUUUAUUCUA